UUUGCUGUGUCUUCCUGAAAUGCCUUUUUUCCUAUCUCUUCGGAGCCAGGAAGGCAAAUCAUUUGCUUUUUCCUGAUUUCUUAGAGCUUGUGUUUGGAUUCCUUCAUAAGACUGGUGGAUUAUUAUUUUUGUGGCUUCCCCUAAGCUAGCUGGACAGUAAAGAUGGAUUUCUCAAAACUUCCCAAAGUACGUGAUGAAGACAGAGAGGAUGCCUUUGGCUAUGUCUUUGGAGUUUCAGGACCUGUUGUCACUGCCUGCAACAUGGCAGGUGCCGCUAUGUAUGAACUGGUACGAGUUGGCCACUGUGAGCUUGUUGGAGAAAUUAUCCGGCUGGAGGGGGACAUGGCAACUAUUCAGGUAUAUGAGGAAACCUCUGGUGUUUCUGUAGGAGACCCCGUACUCCGUACUGGCAAGCCCCUCUCGGUGGAGCUUGGCCCCGGAAUCAUGGGAGCCAUUUUUGACGGUAUUCAGAGGCCUCUGUCAGACAUCAGCACUCAAACCCAGAGCAUUUACAUCCCCAGAGGAGUCAAUGUGACAGCUCUGAGCAGAGAUCUCAAAUGGGACUUCUCACCUGUCAAAAACCUGCGGGUUGGCAGUCAUAUCACAGGCGGUGAUAUUUAUGGCCUAGUGACUGAAAACUCUCUUAUCAAACACAAGAUCAUGCUGCCCCCGCGAAACAGGGGGACGGUGACCUACAUUGCUCCACCUGGGAAUUACGACACGUCUGAUGUUGUGUUGGAGCUGGAGUUUGAGGGAGUGAAGGAGAAAUUCACUAUGGUCCAGGUCUGGCCUGUACGGCAAGUCCGCCCUGUCACAGAAAAGUUGCCCGCCAAUCACCCUCUCUUAACGGGUCAGAGAGUCCUUGAUGCCCUCUUUCCGUGUGUUCAAGGAGGCACGACGGCUAUUCCUGGGGCUUUUGGCUGCGGAAAGACUGUGAUUUCUCAGUCUCUAUCCAAAUAUUCCAACAGCGAUGUUAUCAUAUAUGUAGGCUGUGGGGAACGAGGAAAUGAAAUGUCUGAAGUCCUCAGAGACUUCCCAGAGCUGACAAUGGAGGUUGAUGGGAAGGUCGAAAGCAUUAUGAAGAGAACUGCUCUGGUCGCAAACACCUCCAACAUGCCUGUCGCUGCCAGGGAAGCUUCCAUCUACACUGGGAUCACCUUGUCUGAGUAUUUCCGCGAUAUGGGCUACAAUGUCAGUAUGAUGGCUGACUCUACAUCCCGAUGGGCGGAGGCCCUUCGAGAAAUUUCGGGACGCCUGGCUGAGAUGCCUGCUGAUAGCGGUUAUCCAGCCUAUCUUGGCGCCCGCUUGGCUUCUUUCUACGAACGGGCCGGCAGAGUGAAGUGUCUGGGGAACCCAGAGAGGGAAGGGAGCGUCAGCAUUGUGGGAGCUGUAUCUCCUCCAGGCGGCGACUUCUCUGACCCUGUUACUUCUGCUACUCUGGGCAUCGUUCAGGUGUUCUGGGGCUUGGAUAAGAAGCUUGCUCAGCGGAAGCACUUCCCAUCUGUGAACUGGCUGAUCAGCUACAGCAAGUACACGCGCGCUCUAGACGAGUACUAUGACAAGCACUUCCCAGAAUUUGUCCCCUUGAGGACUAAAGCAAAGGAGAUCUUGCAGGAAGAGGAGGAUCUUGCAGAGAUUGUUCAGCUGGUGGGGAAGGCUUCCUUGGCAGAAACAGACAAAAUUACAUUGGAAGUUGCCAAGCUCAUUAAAGAUGACUUCCUGCAACAGAAUGGCUACACUCCAUAUGACAGGUUCUGCCCAUUUUAUAAGACAGUGGGAAUACUGUCCAACAUGAUCGCCUUUUAUGAUAUGGCCCGUCGAGCAGUUGAGACUACUGCCCAGAGUGACAAUAAGAUCACUUGGGCCAUCAUCAGAGAGAACAUGAAUGAGAUUCUUUACCGACUCACAUCAAUGAAAUUCAAGGACCCAGUGAAAGAUGGAGAGGCCAAGAUCAAAGCAGACUACGCCCAGCUCUUUGAAGACAUGCAGAAUGCGUUCCGCAGUUUGGAAGACUAGAGUCACGACUCUUCUGGAGCCCCAACUGAGUGUGUUCCUCAUCUCCGUCUUCUUGCUUUUCCAUGGAUAGAAGAUACGCACUUCACUGAAGAUUUCCUUUUAUCUUUGAAAACAUUCCCAUUUAAUUUGAUAGCUGCGUGUUUGUGUGUGUAAAUCUGAGCUUAAGAGCGUAAAACAGGUUUUGUAAAGGUCCCUCUGAGGUUGAAAGUCUCCUUUACCAGAUUUGACCUCUUAGCCGGCAGUUUCCCUUUCUUUGGAAAAGAACCAGGGGAGAUCAAGAGUUUUUCUGGGAGAGAGAAAAAACCCACAUAUGCUGCUGUAUAUGUAUAGAUGGCAUUGGGGCACUUGAACCCUUUUUCCUGGAUUACUGCUAUUCAGUUGAGGCAAUUCUGAUGCAUCAGAGAUAGGAUUUAUUUAUUGUACUUUAAUGUUGCUGCUGCUGCUACCCUGAAAACAAUCAAAUCUAUAAAUUACUUAGCUACAAUAUUAUUUCACUAUUUUCCUGUUUCAUCCAGUGUGUUGAAAAUUUGCAGGCUUGUGGGGCAAAGAGGAGUGCCCAGCAGCAAUCUUUCUGCUCAUCUUAUCUGAGGAAGCACAAUUUUCCUUAAAUACAAAUUACAUUUAUUACUCACAACCAUUGUUGCUUCCAGCUAGUAAUGGGUUCCAUUCCCUUCCUAGAUCAUCUCCACCCCCAAACACAGAAAUUAAGUCACAUCUCUGUGUGCUGCAGCUUAAUAUAUAUUUUUGCCUAUAUGCAGUGGACAAGGCAGAAACUUAAUCAUUGUUUUUCAGUGGGACAAGGCAGCAGUCCUUUCCUCUGCCUCCUUGCCUGCGUUAUUCUUUGCAGUUACCGCAACGAUUAAAGCAAAAUUGGAAGCCACA